AUGACAAAACCGAUUAAACUUACUAAUCGCGCUGCUUACCAACGUUUCGUCGACAGAUAUGACACAUUCCUAUUAGAUUGUGAUGGUGUCAUAUGGUCUUCUAAUACGGUUAUUCCCGGCGUUCUUCAAGUGAUAACGUAUUUCCGAAAGAAAGGCAAACAGCUUUUGUUCGUUACCAAUAAUAGUACAAAGUCGCGCGCAGGCAAUUUGAAGAAGCUUCGGAGUUUUGGUCUAGAAGCAAGUGAAGAAGAGAUUUUUUCUUCCUCUUAUACUGCUGCUUAUUAUCUGAGACAUAUAAUUGAUUUUCCAAAAGAGAAAAAAGUUUAUAUAAUCGGCGAGUCAGGCAUCGAAGAUGAACUUAAUAUGAUGGGAAUCAAGAACACGAAAGCCGAUGCGGAUAAUGGACCAAUUCAAAAUUGGGAUUUUGCUGAUAUCACUCCAGAUCCAGAGAUUGGUGCUGUACUUUGUGGAUUCGAUACUUUCAUAAAUUAUAGAAAGAUAGCUAAAGCGUUCCUCUAUCUGCGCACCGAUCCGGACUGUUUAUUCCUUUUAACUAAUGAUGACACAACAUUUCCGGCCAUCGGAACUGUGUUUCCUGGAGCUGGUUCAUUAUCAUCACCAUUAAUCAUCGCGUUAAAUCGUAAACCAGAUCGAGUCAUGGGUAAGCCAAAUAAACCCAUGUUGGAUUGCAUCGUAGAUAAAUACCGCUUGAACGUUGAGCGUACGUGUAUGAUUGGUGAUCGUCUGGACACUGACAUUCAGUUUGGUAUUAAUGGUGGAAUAGCUACUCUUCUUGUAUUAACUGGUAUAUCGACGGAGAAGGAAAUACUGGCAGAAGGCGCACCUAUACUGCCUGAUUAUUAUGUUGACAGUCUCAGUAAUUUUGCUGAAAUUAUUGAAUUAGAGAAUUAA